UUUGUUUUUCCACGUCCGAGAGUGUGGCACGUCGUGUGGGUGGUGUGCGCGUGAACGACGACGGGAACCUUUCGUUUUUCGCGUUUUGUUUUUGUAUAUAUUUCAAACAAAAUACGUCUAUAAUUGUGUACAUAGUGUAGUUAAUUUACAUAAAAUAAUUAAUUUCAAAAAUCGCAACAAAACUGACCCGAUGUCAUGUAACAGCCGAAAUCCAAUAAAAACACAAACAACUUAUUCAUUAUAAAACGUGCAAAAAACGUGCGUUAGUGUGUGUGUGUGUGUACAUGUGAAGGUGUAUGAGCAAGUGUCUUUUUGUAUGUGACCCGCCUGCUCAGGACGAAUUUAUAUAGCUAAACAAUUAAAUUUAAGACCAUGCAUAAGGAAAAAGUUAUAAGUACACAAAAUGCAAAUGCAAAUAAAGCAAACAACAAAGAGCAUAAGAUAAAUGGAGCGACAAAAGAAAAGAGUGAUAAAACAGUUAGCCUGCUGAGCAAGAAGGAUGACAGCGGCGAAUAUGACCUGGUGCCGCCCGAUGGAGGCUGGGGCUGGUUAGUUCUCUUUGGCGCCUGCCUGACGAACAUACUCAUACCCGGCACCAUUAAGAGUUUCGGUGUACUCUUCAUCGAGUUCUUGCAGGCGUUCGAAACAUCACAAACGCAGGCCUCCUGGAUACCGGCAUUAUGCUACUUCCUUUACAGUUCACUAGGUCCUAUUUCGAGUAUUCUCUCAGUCAAAUAUUCCUAUCGCACGGUGACUAUGAUUGGUGCCCUCUCCGCAUCUCUGGGCAUGAUACUUUCCUAUUGGGCAUCAUCCGUUGGCUAUUUGUACAUCAGCUAUGGCGUCCUCGUGGGCAUUGGCGCUGGCCUCUCCUUUCCGCCCACUGUGUACAUUGUUACAUCGUACUUCGUUAAACUGCGCGGACUGGCCAACGGCCUCUGCAUCUCGGGCAGUGCCAUUGGAUCAAUUAUAUUGCCGCCCGUGCUGCGUUGGCUGCUGGAGACUUAUGGCUAUCGCGGCUCCUGUUUGAUCAUGGGUGGCGUCACGCUGAACGUAUUGGUCGGUGCCCUGUUCUAUGAGCCUGUGGAGCAGCAUAUGGUGCGUGUGCCGCGCGCUCGUCAGGCGCUGGACGAUAUACCCGAAGAGGAGGACGUUGGCAUUGUGAUGAAGUUCGAGAAUGUGGACGAGACGACGGCGCCCAAUCAGGAGCCGAUGGCAGAAAAGCAGCUGUUGCCCUACAACUCGCCGCCAUCGCCGCUCUAUCUGCCGGACGAUGAUGACGACAAGCAGCAGUUCGUGCGCAGCGCCUCAGCCGCUGUGGUCCAGAGCUAUGCCAAGACCGGUGAUGAAUUCCACCCACGGGCCAGAAAGAUCAGCACGCCAGUGCGACUGCCGCAACGCAAUCAGACAUUCACGCCCGGCCAACUGAACUCACAGUCAUCUCUGUAUGCCGUGCCCGAGGGUCGUUCCAGUUCGAACAAGCUGGCCAUGAGGAACAGCUCGCGUAAUCGUCUGUCCAAGCGAUCGCCGUCCACUAGCAGCUUUCUGUAUAUAAGCACGCCAUAUCAUGGCAGCACGCUGUCCUUUCAGCCCAAGGAGUUCUCAUCGCAUUUAUCGCUGCGUUCCGCUGGCAGCGGUGCUGUCACAGGCGAGUCGACACCCCAGGAUGCCGGCGCUACUAAUGAGACGGAAGGCAAAACGCAGCAGAGCCAGCGCAGCAAAUUUUUCGAUCUAAGUCUGUUGAAGGAUCCAAUGUAUCUGGUCAUACUCAUCUCGAACUCGACGAACGCCAUCAGCUACACGAAUUUCAUUAUCCUUCUGCCGGCCUUUGGCCUGGCUAGACAAUUUGACAAGUCCCUAUCUGCGUAUCUGCUGUCGGUGGUGUCAACAACGGAUCUGAUCGGCCGUAUUGGCGGCUCAGCGCUCUCCGACAUGGGCUUCAUACCCAAGACGUGGUACUUUGUGGGCGGCUUGUCGGUUUCGGGCAUUUCGCUGGCGCUGCUGCCAUUCGCCUACAGCUACGGUGGCGUGUGCUUCUGGUGUGCGCUCUUUGGACUCGCAUCGGGCAUUUAUGUGGGCAUCACAGCUGUCAUUAUGGCCGAUAUGCUGGGAACGGAACGCCUGACUUCGUCCUAUGGCAUCAGCCUGUUUGUCAAUGGUAUUCUACAGCUGGUGGGACCACCGCUGUGCAAUUACUGGACCGAGGCGGUCCAGGACUAUAAUCCGCUCUUCCACGCGCUCGGCCUGACACUGCUCGCCGGCUCGGCCUUGUGGGCCUUUAUGCCUUGGAUACAGCGCCGCAAAGCCAAAGAGGAGGAGAAGCUGGAAGCCCAACUCGACGAGGAAGCCGUCGAUGGCUACUAAGCCGGCUUUCACACCACGUACAAUUACAAUUAGUUGUUAGGCUUUAAAUGCGUACAAAGAGAAGAGAAGAGAAGAGUAGUAGCAAAUAGAAAGUAAAAGAAUUGCAGUAGGAUGGGGGAAUCUAUCAGAGGAGUUGAUGGAGUGAACGGAUUAUAUGUUGGAGGACGUCAAAUGGCAUUGGAAAUUUUGGAAAUUGUUAAUUUGUUUCUUCCAUUAGCUUUUUUGUCUAACUGUUAAGUCUUAAUUAUUACAUUGUAUAAUUAUUA